AUGAACAAAUUCUUGGCCUUAACGCUUUGCGCUGUAUUUAUUUUUGCUGUCGUUCAUCUGGCUCGUGCUGAUGAUGAAAUCGAUGAUAGUGAAUAUGAAGCUAAUGAUGCACGACAAUUUUUACAAAAACGUCUUUUUGGUAUCCCAUUUCCUCGUGAACAACGCCGAGAAGCAAAAGAAAAAUAUGAAGAACGAUGUGAACGUGCUUUGGGUAUCAAUAAAGUAACUGGUCUUCAACGAUGGUGCCCAAAACUUGAAGAAUGGGACCAAUGGCGUGCAGCAACACAAAAUGAUAAACGACGUGGUUAA